CUAAAUGAUAGAGAAUUAUGUUCCCUAAAUAAAACAGCUUACAUCUUGGCUCUAAAUAAAGUAGUUUACAAGCUAUGACGGUUUGAAUAAAUCCUUAAAACCGCAUAUUUACAAUAGAUAAGGAAUUCGAGAAAUUCCAAGGAACGGGUCUUUUGACAAUCCCGUCUUGGAAUGCCGUUCAUAGAACUGCCAGGUAAAAAAUGAUUUGGGGGCCUUGAGACCGCAACGCAAACGCAAUCAGUCAGUCGUCCCUCGCUUUGCGUUGCGAUUACAUUCUCUUGUGCCAUACUGUGCUUGUUAUCGUUAAACUGUUCGUUACUUUUUUGUUAUUGUUGCUAGACUUUUGUUAUUGUUGUUGAACUUUUUGUUUUGUUAUUGGACUAAGUUGUGUUACUUUAGCUAACGAAAGUUAACUGCAAUGGAAAAUGGCCAUUAUUCAAACCACGACGUUGCCGACAUCCAUUACGUCUAUGAAUUGUGCGAUGGGAAUGCUAACAGAGCUGUUAGAGAGUAUGCGAGAAGAUUCCCAAAUAGACCAACACCAAACGCUCGCACAUUCAUAAGAAUUCAUUUGCGCCUUGCUGAAAAUAGAAUAAGGCAACCCGCCAACGAACGUUUUCGUAUAAUAUCACCGAGUGAGGAAGAAGAGAUAUUGCGAUUGAUCACAGAAGAUCCUAAACUAAGUGUCAGACGUAUUGCAAUUAGACUCGGUUUAUCUAAAUGGACAGUGUGGCGAGUCUUUAAAAGGGAAGGAUUGCACCCGUACCAUUUUAAACGGGUGCAAGAGAUAAUUGAACCAGAUUACGGAGGAAGGGCCGUUUUUUGCUCAUGGAUACUCAGAAUGACGAGAUCGGAGCCAAAUUUUUUGAAAAAAAUAUUGUGGACCGAUGAGGCUACUUUCACACGAUCGGGAUAUGUAAACCAUCGCAAUGAACAUCUUUGGCUUCAUGAAAAUCCUUAUGCUGUGAGAGAAAGCACGUUCCAACACCAAUUCUCGGUAAAUGUGUGGGCAGGAAUGAUCGGCAAUAUUUUGAUUGGCCCACUCAUUUUGCCAGCCGUGAUGAAUGGCCUUAGAUUUCUCCAGUUCUUGGAAACUGACUUCCUGGACGCAUUGAUAGAAAUACCACUGGCCUAUAGGAGAAGGAUGACUUUACAAUUGGAUGGAGCUCCGGCACACUUCGCUACGAAUGUACGAAGCCAUUUAAAUGAAAAUUACCCGAUGUGGAUUGGACGCGGUGGAACAAUCGCUUGGCCACCCUGUUCACCUGACUUGACCCCACUAGAUUUUUUCUUGUGGGGUACAAUGAAGCAAAAAGUUUAUGUUGACGUGCCAAAUACACGCGAGGACCUUAUUAGAAAAAUAAUUCAAGUCGGAAAUGAACUGAAAAACGACAAAGCAAUGAUAAGGCGCUCUACGCAACAUGUAUCUGUAAGAGCAACAGUAUGUCUGCAACAUGAUGGAGGACGUUUUGAGCAAUGGCUGUAAUACAUGUUUUGUUUUUUUGUGAAAAUAAAUACCGUGAUAACUAAGUAUUUUGUUUUAUUUUUUUCUCUUCUACUGGAUUAGACAAUAUGAGGUUAUAUUCAAACCGUCAUAACUUCUAAACUACUUUAUUUAGGGCUGAGAUGUAAGCAAUUUUAUUUAGGGAACAUAUUUCUCUACCAUUUAGAAAUAAAAAAAAAAGUAGGUCAACGGCUUGAAUUCUAUGAAAAAGCUUAUAUUGUUAAAAAAAACGCAAAAAAAUACAUAAUUAUUAUCGUUUAAUAAUUUUUUUCUCUAUUUUAUAAAAUAAAGUUAGGAUAAUAUUUAGUAUUAGUUUACUGUCUACAUGUUUCUCUAUCGAAUGAGACUUAUUUUGUGUUUCUAGGACCGCUACAUGGGUAGCUAUAGCUAAAUUAGUACAACAUCGAUGUUUCAGUUAAAACGAAAACCAAAAUGGCCUCCAUUUUAUUAUGGUAGAAGAAAAACUACUUAUAGGGCUUGAUUUAUCGAUAAAACAUACCGCAUUUCAACCCCCUAACGGCUC